AUGGGCAUGGAAGAUGUGUACCAAGCCACAAGUUCUGGCCAGCUUCCCCAGCCAGUAGUCCUAGAGGAAGAAGGAGUAGUUGUGUCCUAUACAGAGGGUGGUGGGGCAAAGGAAGAAGCAGUUGUGUCCCAUGCAGAGGAUGGUACAGAGACAGGACGAGUGACAACUAAGAGUGAUGUGUACAGCUUCGGAGUGAUUCUAAUGGAGCUGAUUACAGGAAGAAAGGCACUAGAUCAGACCCAGAAGGAGGAGAGUGUUCAUCUCGUCACAUGGUUCCGCAGAAUGCAUAACAAGAAGGACACAUUCCGGAAGGCUAUUGACCCAACAAUUGAUCUUGAUGAAGAAACGGUUGCCAGUGUCAGCACUGUUGCUGAGCUGGCUGGACACUGCUGCGCAAGGGCUUCAUCUCAGAGACCUGACAUGGGUCACGCCAUCAACGUACUCUCAUCUCUCACCGAGCUUUGGAAACCAUCAGACCCUGAUGCUGAUGACAUUUAUGGAAUCGACUUUGAUAUGACGCUGCCACAAGCAGUCAAGAAGUGGCAGGCUCUGGCUACGUCUUCAUCAGCUUUACUUGGCAGCGGUGACAAUAGCCAAUCGGUCAUUUAAGGGUUCAUUUGCAUCUGCAGAUGGGAGGUUAGAGACUAACUGAAAAAAACAAGACUGCAGUGUGAGUAGAGUUAUUAUUGAUGGAUGGUUCUUGUUGAGAUAUGUUUGUUCAUUCUCCAGUGGGUUGUUGAUUUAAUCUUUGAACAACUUUUUUUACUUUUCUUUUGUUAUAUGUUCUUAAAAGUCUUGGAAAUGCAUAUAAAUAAAUUAUUA